AUGGGUGACGUCCUUGUUGACAAUCCGAUCCACACGGUUCCGCCUCACAAGAAGCAACCUAUCUCAGACUCGAUACCAGACAUCGAUUCUUUAGAAGGGGCUGGCGCAGAUGGCGGCGAUGAAUACUCGACGUUGAAGAGGUUGCAGAGACACCUUGAGUACAUCAAACUACAAGAAGAAUACAUCAAAGAUGAACAGAGAUCGCUCAAGCGUGAGCUCGUACGAGCACAGGAGGAAAUCAAGAGGAUACAAAGCGUACCCCUAGUCAUCGGCCAAUUCAUGGAAGCCAUCGACCAGAACACCGGUAUCGUUCAAUCGUCUACAGGCUCCAAUUACGUUGUGCGCAUCCUUUCCACGCUCGACCGCGAAAAACUGAAGCCCUCAUCCUCCGUUGCACUGCACCGCCACUCCAAUUCUCUCGUCGAUAUCCUACCACCUGAGGCAGAUUCUUCCAUUGCUAUGUUAGGAGCCGACGAAAAGCCCGAUGUCACCUAUGCUGACGUUGGUGGACUGGAUAUGCAAAAGCAGGAAAUCAGAGAAGCCGUGGAAUUGCCCCUGACACACUUUGACCUCUACAAACAGAUAGGUAUCGAUCCUCCCCGCGGUGUGCUUCUUUAUGGACCACCUGGUACAGGAAAGACGAUGUUGGUGAAGGCAGUUGCGAACAGCACCACGGCCAGCUUUAUCCGAGUAGUAGGCUCGGAAUUCGUUCAAAAGUAUCUUGGUGAGGGACCUCGAAUGGUCCGAGACGUGUUCCGAAUGGCACGGGAGAACUCACCCGCUAUUAUCUUCAUUGAUGAAAUCGAUGCCAUCGCAACCAAGCGAUUUGAUGCACAAACUGGAGCGGACCGGGAAGUGCAGCGCAUUCUGCUGGAGUUGCUCAAUCAGAUGGAUGGCUUCGACCAGACCAGCAACGUCAAGGUGAUCAUGGCUACAAAUCGAGCAGAUACUCUGGAUCCUGCUCUUCUCCGGCCUGGCCGUCUAGACCGCAAGAUUGAGUUUCCUUCGUUGAGAGACCGACGAGAACGACGACUGAUAUUCUCAACCAUCGCCAGUAAAAUGUCAUUGUCUCCUGAGGUGGAUUUAGACUCGUUGAUUGUGAGAAAUGAUCCGCUGUCAGGGGCAAUCAUUGCGGCCAUCAUGCAGGAAGCUGGAUUGAGGGCAGUGCGCAAGAAUCGUUACAAUAUCAUUCAGGCGGAUUUGGAGGAUGCAUAUUCCAGCCAAGUCAAGGGAGCGCAGGAAGCCGACAAGUUUGAUUUCUACAAGUAG